AUGGCUGAUCGGCCGGUUACUAAAGAAAACUAUAUGCCUUUUAUCGUUAAACGAUUUGAAGAACGUAAGAACCUUCAGAAUUCAGCUCUCACUCCGUUGGAUUUCGCUUCAGAUGACGUGACGAACUCAGAUGAUGUUGAGGAGCCAGCAGCUAAAAGACCAAGAGAGGCGAAUCUAGAAGAAAAUCUCGAAUCAAUAAAAUCAAAAGAUCACAUCCCAUGCGAUCCAAACGUUUACGAACCACCUGGCAUAAGAUCGCGUACUGAUUCGGAUCCAGUUCAGUUUGAAGCUGUUAGAAACGUUUUUGAUAUAUAUGCUACAAUGUUGACAAAUCUUUUUGCGUAUUCUCCAUCUGAUGUUAUGAAAUUGCAAGAUAUUCCGGAUAUACUGGAAACUGACAUUGAGAAACGAUUCAUUGAUGUUUCCAUGCAAAAGCUGAUUGAUGAUUCCGACAUUAUCAAAGAUUGGGCGAAUCUGGUUCAUUUUGGUACAAUUUAUCUGAAUUCGCUGGAUGAGAAUGAUUUGAAGAGUUUGCUAAAUCUUACUCCAAUCCAAAGAGGAAUUGAAGUGGGUACUGAUAAGGAAUUGGAUGCUAAAGAUGUCUUGGCUGCGUUCAGAGGUAAUGGAAAAUUCGAUAAGAACCCUGAUUCUCCUGAAUUCCAAUUUCGAUUCAAGUUCUAUCGAGAAUUAGGAGAUGGACGUGUUCUGGUGUAUUCUGUGGAACUUUACAGUAUUAUUAUAAUUUUUCAACUAGAAGAAGAACAGACUCCCCUUCUUUUUUGUUGA